UUUUGUACAGUCGUCAGGCAACAGCGAGAACUGGACGAAGACAUCGGCAGCGGGCAAUACUCAUAGUUUUGAUUAAAGGCUGUAUUUUGAGUCGACGGCAAUAUAAAAUGACGGAGUCUUUUGUGAUCAAACUGAUUUGCGACAAUCGUGGGGCGAUGGAUUACGGAGAUCUAGUCGACAUUGGUUCUGGGCUUCUGGAUGUAAAAGGCGUCAUUGACACGGUCAUACAAAACGAUAAUUUUUCCGUUGUUACAGUUAAUGGAAACAAACGAAUUGUCGUUAAGACUAAAGUAAGACUGUGUAAAGCCAGAGACUGCACUGACUGCCGCAAUUUGCACCUCUGCAAAUUCUACCUUUACGGAGACUGUAAGAGCAGCAUGUCGCGGCGAGGGUGCCGCUUUUGCCAUGACAUGAACUCGGAGCACAACGCUCGAGUCCUGCGAGACAACAGUCUGCAGGAACUGGACAGCAGCGAACUCUGUACCCUGCUGCUUCAGAACGACAGCACCCUCUUACCACCGGUGUGCUUCUCGUACAACAAAGGCGAUGGGGCGUACGGAAACUGCCCAGACCAGGAGAGCUGCAGGAGGCUGCACAUCUGUGACCGCUACCUCAGAGGAGCCUGUCAGGCCGGGGCCAACUGCCGCAGGUCACAUGACUUCUUCGAGCCCCACCCACAGAAAACCCUGCAGGAGAGAGGCGUGCCCAGCGAGCUGAUUGGCUCCAUGCUGUCCGUCUACCAGAACAUCCAGGCCUUGAAGAACAGUGACAACGGUGCGAACAGGAAUCAGCCAACACAUGCAGGCAACGUGAACAGCAGCAGAAGACAACAAGAAAAGACGGAGAUCUGCCUUUAUUUUGUCAAGGGCAGCUGCACACAAGGAGACAGAUGCUGGAGAGACCACUCCACCAUGCCAUAUAAAUGGGAGGUGAGAAAUGGAGACAGCUGGACGGCUCUCCCAGACAACGAAGAGAUCGAAAGAGACUUCUGCGACCCCAGCAAUGUGUACAGCCGAGGAGUCCAGCCCGUUUAUUUUGACACCAUGACCCGCGGGCCGACCCAGGUCCGGCGUCUCUCCACGGUCUCCUCUGUGGUCCAGCCCACUUUCGUCCUCACCACCACCUGGGCCUGGUUCUGGCAGGACGAGCACAACAAUUGGAUCCAGUACUGCUCAGUGAAAGGGCAGCACAGACUCUCCUCCAUCACGAGCGAGGACCUGGAGAGGAAGUACCAGGAGGACAGCCGUGCUGUGAUGGAGUUCACGGCGGGGGCGCAGACCUACAAGCUCAGUUUCCCAGACAUGAUUCAGACAAACGAAGAAUACGGCACCAAACGGCAGGUGAGGAGACGGCCUGUGUUUGUCUCCACAGCGGAUGCUCGGAGAGCCAGGACCAACAGAAACAACAGGCCAGGUAAUAACUUCAAAGCGGUGCCGGGAUACUGGGACAAAUCCAUGUUACCGGACACUGGAUACAAGACGAUCCCUCUGCAGGAAUCGUCAGAAGAAUACCAGAAGAUCCUGGUUCUUUUUCAGAAGACGAUGAGGGGAUAUAGCAUACACAGUGUCGAGAGGGUCCAGAACAGGGCAUUGUGGGAAGUCUUUCAGUGGAAGAGGGAUCUGAUGAGAACCAGUAACGGCGACAAACAUUUCGGCGACAGACUGCUGUUCCACGGCACCGACUCUGUCCACGUCAACGCCAUCUGCAGGGAGAACUUUGACUGGAGGCUCUGCGGAACUCACGGAACGGCCUACGGGAAAGGGAGUUACUUUGCUCGAGACGCGAGGUACUCGCACGGCUACACCGGCGCCUCGGGAGUGAGGACCAUGUUUGUGUGCCGGGUGUUGGUCGGCUGCUACACGAGAGGAGACUCCAGCUACCUCCGCCCCCCUUCCAAAGACGGCGGGGACUCCGUGUUCUACGACAGCUGCGUGGAUGAUGUCCGCAACCCCUCCAUUUACGUCGUUUUUGAAAAGCACCAGGUUUACCCCGAGUACAUCCUGAAGUACGAUGAAGAUAUGUGGUUUCCCUCCGCGUUCUCCACAGUAACGGUGUCAUCUUUUGGCCUGAACUCAACUCCUGCUCCACCAGCGCCCAGUGCCUCCUCACUUGCUACCAUGACCCCACAACCUGCACCAGCUCCUGCCGUGGUCCCAAAACCCAUACCAGCUCCUGCAGUGGUCCCAAAACCCAUACCAGCUCCUGCAGUGGUCCCAAAACCCAUACCAGCUCCUGCAGUGGUCCCAAAACCCAUACCAGCUCCUGCAGUGGUCCCAAAACCCAUACCAGCUCCUGCAGUGGUCCCAAAACCCAUACCAGCUCCGCACCCACUGAGCACUAGCUCUGUGACCUCCAACCCCUGGCAAGCCUCCAGAGGAUCACAUGACUGGGUACGUAAUUUCAACAGCGAAGACUUUAAACCGGACUCUUGGCUCGAUUUGCCCUCCUCAAAUACAUCCAGCCUGGAAAGCAUCGGAGGAACCGCCACCUCAUCCACCUCCCCGUCUGCUUCCGCCUACCGCACCCCGACCAGCGCGUACUCAGCCGCGGUGUUCCGCGCAAACCGGUACUCACCGAGCACCGCGGCCGGUUCCACUGCCACCGCCAACCGCUACGGGGCGUCUUCUCUGUCUGGUUCCGCUCACCUGAGCAGGUCUUCUCCCGCCGUGAAUACCCCCCAGAGCAAGAAUGCCAAAGACAAGGACUGCACGAUCCUUUAAAUUCUUAUUUCAGACGUGAUUUCAAUGCGUUUGGAAAGCAGGCGACGAAUCCUUUUAGCGAAUGCGAUCGCGCGCUUCCCGCAAGUAAUUUGUAAAUGAACUUAUUUGUGAAAUGGACUGCUUUCACUGUGGAGCGACAAUCCUUAGCUUAUAACCGCUGUAAGGGUAAUAUUCUUAAUUGAUUCUUAAUUGACAACGUGUGUUAACAUAAAGACAAUCACGCGAUAAAAAAAAUAAAAUAAAAAAACUUUUCUUUUUAAUCCUUAUUACUAUUGGACCUAUUCUGAAUUAAGUGCUUACUAGGAGUUUUUCUCUGUCUCUCUCCCAGCAGACAGACUGCCUUUUCUGUAUCUGUUUUUCUUUUCGUUUUUUCCGUUCUUAGCAUUUUCGUUCCUUCUUUCCCCUCUGUGACGACACACCUCAAAUCGAAGCAGAAAUUAAGCAGUAAUCAAGAUCUCAUGAAAGUAUUUUAUUUGUAUUGGCUUUCCAAACUGCUCAUUGCUUCAUUGCUUUAAGGUCAUUAAUGGCCAAAAGGCUUUAAGGGUUUAAGUGCCGUAUUUUUUUUGAUAGACAUUUUAAUUGGGCAAUAGUCAGAGGGCGCAGGUAGCUUUUUCAACACUAUUAUUUCCUGUACUAACACUAUUAUUAUAAGACCUUCCACCCACUCGAGUCCACAGUCAUUUACCCCCAGGUUACUUCCGUUUCAGGCCUGAUUUCUGCCCCGUGUUCCUUCUAUUACCCUGUAAAGUGCCUUUGUGACCGCUCUCUGUAGAAACCGUUGACAGAUAAUAUGGAUUUGAUACGAUUUGCCAUCACACAGGACAGACACCCGAUCCAAUUUCUGCACUGAGUAUGAAUUACUUCUGUUAUUCUGUUGUUGCUGGGUGACUGGUUCCAUUACACUACAUUAGUCCUUUGCCAGAUGCUCUUAUCCAGAGCGACUGAAGACAAGGUGCACAUCAGGACCAGGAACAGUCGAGGCGAACAGAAGAAAAAAAAAAAAGUUUUGAAGUUGGCGAACGUUAGCUAACUGCCAACUUUUUUACCAUUUAUAAAAAUAAAAAAAAUGGCAAUGAAUGGCGUAUCCCAGCUUAACACGAAAUGGUGUCGCAAUGUUACAGGAAUGUUUUAUGAAUGUUAUAACCUGCCAUUAACAUGGACAACAGCAUUGUGAGAACGUUUUGUGUUUGCUGGGAAACGGCAGUGAAGUCUACAUACCUGUAUAUUCACAAUGCGACAAGCAUAGUCGAGCACAAUCAAGCGUCAUCAUGCGAACAGAGAACUGCAGUGUGCCUUGUCUCAUGAAAUGCAAAGCAGAGACAUGGUGGUAUAACCACUGAGUGAUGGGCGCUCAAAUCUCUUUUGAUUGGUGAGAAUGUUUACUCAUCAACUAAUCAAUGAAAACGCUUUGUCGCCACGACGACAGGAACAUGAUCGGUUUCUGUGUGUCAGUUAUUCAAGCAAUAUCUAUUAAUAGGAGACUUUACUUAAAAGGAGAAUUGUGUUGAACGUUGGCCAUUGCUUUUUAAAGUGAUUCAAGUUUUCUGAAUUUGCUGAUUUUCAUGACACAAAUAAAUAAAAUAUUUAAAAAAGUUAAA